AUGUGGAGCGAUGAGCUGCUUGGUAACGGAAAUGGUUACGUAAAGACGGGUCCAUUCAAAAACUGGGACACUAAUGUACUGAUGCCGUUGAGUCAAAUCCCUGUGAAGAAGCUUUACAGGUCCACUGGCGGACGCGAGCAAGAUCGUCUAAUGACACCUCGUGACAUCGAAUGGAUUACAUCCAGGAAAAAUUAUAGUCAGCUAACGUUUUGCCACGAUAAAACGUUCGAGAGCAUGCAUGGUCUCAGUCACGUAUGGGUCGGAGGAUUUAUGUUCGUCAUAAGGUGA